AGUAGUGACAGAAGAAAUCUUGGGAGAAAGCAUUUUUGCUUUGUACUUUGGACAGCUCCUGAGCCCACUAUGGCUCCUGUGAAGAUAAGCCACGUGGUGUCAUUUUCCUCUCAGGAUCCCAAGUAUCCUGUAGAGAAUUUGCUGAACACAAACAGUCAGAGGAGACCUUGGCUCAGCUCCCCCCAGGAUAAGAGUGGGCAACUGAAAGUGGAGUUACAGCUGGAGAGGGCAGUGCCCAUUGGCUACAUUGAUGUGGGUAACUGUGGCUGUGCUUUCCUACAAAUUGAUGUGGGCCGUUCUUCCUGGUCCCUGGACAAACCUUUCAUCACCCUGCUCCCUGCAACCAUGCUGAUGUCCCUAACUGACUCAAAGCAGGGGAAAAACCGCUCGGGGGUCCGCAUGUUUAAAGCUGAUGAUUUCCUGGCUCCAGCCUCAAAAGAGUCAUGGGAUCGACUUCGCCUGACCUGCUCCCAGCCCUUCACACGUUACCAGUCCUUUGGCCUAUCCUUUCUGCAGGUGCGUUCCUCUCUGGACUCCUUAGAUGACCCUGUGAUGGAUUCCUCACCCUCUGUGAGCUUUGGCCUGAGUCAGGUAUGUAUGAUGGUGAAAAACACCAAGAAAAUUUCAGAGCUUAGGAACAUACUAACACAGCUGCAGCCGGGGGCUCUGGGGCGUUCAGCCCGCAUGGUGCUUUCAGCUGCCCUCCGGACACCUCCAGCCAGGAUGGCAAGCCCAGAGAACAACCACACAGAACCAGGGACUAGUCAUCCAGAUAGUACAGAGCCCAGAACAGAGGAGCAAAACUCCAAGAAUGAUGAUGUGGGCAGGAUGAAAAGACAGAAAGUACAAGACCAGAGGCCUCCGUUCAACUCUAAGUCUCGGUCAAACAAGAGGGGGACAGCAAGAGCACAGCAAAGAAAACACCGAACCCAAGCCCAAAAUGGUGGUAGCCAGGAUAGUGGACAGUGCCCCAUCUGUGCAGGCUCCUUCAGCACUAAGAUUCUUCCCCUGCAUGCUGCUGCCUGUGGAGAGACUUCCUUGCCUUGCCCAGCUUCUCCCUCCUCAUCACCAUAUUCACCCCCGUCUUCUCCAGAGAGUCCACCUCCUGUUUUCUGGGUCCAGUGCCCUAUCUGCCAAUUGCACUUCUCAGCUACAGAAGUAGAAGAACAUGCCAGCACGUGUGGGGACGUCCAUGAAGACCCACCUCUCCACUCCUACAUCCAGCCACAGCCUAACUGGACUGAAAUCGUGAACAAAAAGCUCAAGUUCCCACCACCACUCCUGAGUGCCAUCCAGGAAGGCCGUCUGGGUCUCGUGCAGCAGCUGCUGGAGUCUGAGGUUGAAGCCAUGAGCAGUGCGCCAGGUGGGCCCUUGCGGAAUGUGGAGGAAGCAGAAGACCGCUCCUGGAGGGAAGCUCUCAACCUGGCCGUCCGCCUGGGUCAUGAGGCCAUCACUGAUGUGCUGUUGACCAAUGUCAAGUUUGACUUCCGGCAGAUCCACGAAGCCUUGCUGGUGGCUGUGGACACAAACCAGCCAGCAGCGGUGCGUCGCCUACUGGCCCGGUUGGAAAGGGAGAAGGGUCGCAAAGUAGACACUAGAUCUUUCUCAUUGGCUUUCUUUGACUCAUCAAUUGAUGGCUCCCGCUUUGCACCCGGUGUCACUCCACUCACCCUGGCCUGCCAGAAGGACCUGUAUGAAAUUGCACAGCUACUUAUGGACCAGGGCCACACCAUUGCCCGGCCCCACCCAGUGUCCUGUGCCUGCCUUGAGUGCAGCAAUGCACGCCGCUAUGACCUGCUGAAGUUCUCCCUGUCUCGCAUCAACACCUACCGUGGCAUUGCCAGCAGGGCUCACCUGUCACUGGCCAGUGAGGAUGCAAUGCUGGCUGCCUUCCAGCUCAGCCGCGAGCUCAGGCGCCUUGCACGCAAGGAGCCUGAGUUUAAGCCUGAAUACAUUGCCCUGGAGUCGCUGAGCCAGGACUAUGGCUUUGAGCUGCUGGGCAUGUGCCGGAACCAGAGCGAGGUCACUGCAGUGCUCAAUGACCUGGGCGAGGACAGCGAGACUGAAGCUGAAGGCCAGGAGCAGGCCUUUGAAGAAGGCAUCCCCAAUCUGGCUCGACUGCGACUGGCUGUUAACUACAACCAGAAGCGGUUUGUAGCACACCCCAUCUGCCAGCAAGUUCUGUCCUCCAUCUGGUGUGGGAACCUGGCUGGCUGGCGUGGAAGUACCACCAUCUGGAAGCUCUUCGUUGCCUUCCUCAUCUUCCUCACCAUGCCCUUCCUCUGCCUUGGCUACUGGCUGGCACCCAAGUCCCGGCUGGGCCGCCUGCUCAAGAUUCCCGUGCUGAAGUUCCUGCUGCACUCUGCCUCCUACUUGUGGUUCCUCAUCUUCCUACUGGGAGAGUCCCUGGUCAUGGAGACACAGCUGAGCACCUUUCGUGGCCGCAGCCAGAGUGUCUGGGAGACUUCACUACACAUGGUUUGGGUCACAGGCUUCCUAUGGUUUGAGUGCAAGGAAGUGUGGAUCGAGGGCCUGCGCAGUUACCUCCUGGACUGGUGGAACUUCCUAGAUGUGGUCAUCCUGUCCCUGUACCUGGCAGCUUUUGCAUUGCGCCUCCUCCUGGCUGGGCUUGCUCACAUGCACUGCCAGGAUAUGCCUGAUGGAGCUGCCUGCCAUUAUUUCACCACAGCUGAGAGAAGCGAGUGGCGCACGGAGGAUCCCCAGUUCUUGGCAGAGGUGCUCUUUGCUGUCACCAGCAUGCUCAGCUUCACCCGCCUGGCCUACAUUCUGCCAGCCCACGAGUCACUGGGCACGCUGCAGAUUUCCAUUGGCAAGAUGAUCGACGACAUGAUCCGGUUCAUGUUCAUCCUCAUGAUCAUCCUGACUGCCUUCCUCUGUGGCCUCAACAACAUCUACGUGCCCUACCAGGAGACAGAGCGGCUGGGCAAUUUCAACGAGACAUUCCAAUUUCUGUUCUGGACCAUGUUUGGCAUGGAGGAGCACAGCGUGGUAGACAUGCCUCAGUUUCUGGUGCCUGAAUUCGUGGGCCGGGCCCUCUAUGGCAUCUUCACCAUCGUGAUGGUCAUUGUGCUGCUCAACAUGCUCAUUGCCAUGAUCACCAACUCCUUCCAGAAGAUUGAGGAUGACGCUGAUGUGGAAUGGAAGUUCGCUCGCUCCAAGCUCUACUUGUCCUACUUCCGAGAGGGCCUGACCCUUCCUGUGCCCUUCAACAUCCUGCCCUCUCCCAAGGCUGUCUUCUACCUUCUCAGGAGAAUUUUCAGGUUAAUUUGCUGUUGCUGCUCCUGCUGUAAAACAAAGAAGCCAGACUAUCCCCCCAUCCCCAUCUUUGGCAAUCCGGGGGCAGGGGCAGGGGCAGGGCCUGGGGAGGGAGAGCAUGGAUCCUACCGCCGACGUGUCAUCAAGGCUCUGGUACAGCGCUACAUAGAGACUGCCCGGCGUGAGUUCGAAGAGACCCGUAGGAAAGACCUGGGCAACAGGCUGACAGAGCUCACCAAGACUGUAUCUCGACUGCAAAGUGAGAUAGCCGGGGUCCGGCGGACUCUGGCAGAGGGAGGGACACUCCGGCCUCCUGAUGGUGCCAGCAUCCUCAGUCGCUACAUCACCCAAGUACGCAACAGCUUCCAGAACCUGAGCACCCCCAUCCCUGAGACUCCAGAGCUGACAGUGCCAGGGAUUGUGGAGACCCAAGUAUCUUCAGAAACUGGGCUCCAGGACACUGAAGGUGCCAGAACUCCAGCUUCUAGACAGUCUGGCCCCUCUUCCCCAGCACAAGUGCUAGUGCACAGGGAACUGGAAGCAGAGGGGGAUGGGAACCUGCCCCAGGAAGAGAAUAUGGGGACCAAGGGUGGGUCCUAA